UCUCCCCCACUCUCUCUCCUCUCUGUCUCUGUUCUCUCUCCUCUCUGCCUGUCUCUCUCUCUGUCUCUCCUCUAUCUCUGUGUCUGUCUCUCUCUGUGUCUCUCCUCUAUCUCUGUGUCUCUCUGUGUCUCUGUGUCUGUCUCUCUCUGUGUCUCUCCUCUAUCUCUGUGUCUCUCUGUGUCUCUGUGUCUCUCUAUCUCUGUGUCUCUCCUCUAUCUCUGUGUCUCUCUGUGUCUCUCCUCUAUCUCUGUGUCUCUCUGUGUCUCUCCUCUAUCUCUGUGUCUGUCUCUCUCUGUGUCUCUCCUCUAUCUCUGUGUCUCUCCUCUCUCUCUGUGUCUCUCCUCUCUCUGUGUCUCUCCUCUCUCUCUGUGUCUCUCCUCUCUGUGUCUCUCCUCUCUCUGUGUCUCUCCUCUAUCUCUGUGUCUCUCCUCUCUCUCUGUGUCUCUCCUCUCUCUCUGUGUCUCUCCCCUCUCUCUGUGUCUCUCCUUUCUCUCUGUGUCUCUCCUCUCUCUGUGUCUCUCCUCUAUCUCUGUCUCUCCUCUCUCUCUGUGUCUCUCUGUGUCUCUCCCGUGUCUCUCCUCUCUCUCUGUGUCUCUCCUCUCUCUCUGUGUCUCUCUCUCUCUGUGUCUCUCCUCUAUCUCUGUCUCUCCUCUCUCUGUGUCUCUCUGUGUCUCUCCUCUCUCUCUGUGUCUCUCCUCUCUCUCUGUGUCUCUCCUCUCUCUCUGUGUCUCUCCUCUCUCUCUGUGUCUCUCUGUCUCUCCUCUCUCUGUGUCUCUCCUCUCUCUCUGUGUCUCUCCUCUCUCUCUGUGUCUCUCCUCUCUCUGUGUCUCUCCUCUAUCUCUGUGUCUCUCUGCGUCUCUCCUCUCUCUCUGUGUCUCUCUGUGUCUCUCCUGUGUCUCUCCUCUCUCUGUGUCUCUCCUCUAUCUCUGUGUCUCUCCUCUAUCUCUGUCUCUCCUCUCUCUGUGUCUCUCUGUGUCUCUCCUCUCUCUCUCUGUCUCUCCUCUCUCUCUCUGUCUCUCCUCUAUCUCUGUGUCUCUCCUCUCUCUCUGUGUCUCUCCUCUCUCUCUCUGUCUCUCCUCUCUCUCUGUGUCUCUGUCUCCCCCUCCCUUUUAUCUCCCUCUCCGUCUCCCUGCCCCCCGCAGGUGCCAUGGAGCUGAAGGGCUUGGUGCUCUUCCUGGCCGUGGGCCUCCAGGGCCUGGGCCUGGCCGCCGGCUGCCCCAGCGAGUGCACGUGCUCCCAGGCGGCCCAGGUGGAGUGCGUGGGGGGCCGGAUCCUGGUGGUGCCGAGCCCCCUGCCCUGGGACGCCAUGAGCCUGCAGAUCCUGAACACGCACAUCAGCGAGCUGGACUCGCGGCCCUUCCUCAACGUGUCGGGGCUCGUGGCGCUGCGCGUGGAGAAGAACGAGCUGGAGCACAUCGCGCCCGACACCUUCGACCACAUGGGCUCGCUGCGCUACCUGAGCCUGGCCAACAACCGGCUGGAGUCGCUGCCCCUCAGCCUCUUCCGGCCCCUGAGCAACCUCGAGGCCCUGCUGCUGUCCGGCAACCGGCUGGUGAACGUGGGCCCCGGGCACUUCGCGCCCUUCAGCAACCUCAAGGAGCUGCAGCUGCACGGCAACCAGCUGCAGCUGCUGCCCGAUGGCUGCUUCGACGGCCUCCCUGGCCUCGUGAAGCUGGACCUGGGCGGGAACCGGCUGGGCCGCCUGCCGCCGCACCUCUUCCGGCGUCUGGGCCAGCUGCGUGUGCUGCGCCUGGCCGAGAACCAGCUGGUGGACGUGCCGGCCGACGCCUUCCACGGCCUGGGCAGCCUGCAGGAGCUGGCGCUGCAGGAGAACCAGCUGCGCCGCCUGGCGCCGGGCCUGUUCCAGGGCACGCGCCAGCUGGAGAGGCUCUACCUGGCCAACAACCAGCUGGAGGCGCUGCCCCGGGGCCUCUUCCUGCACCUGCCGCAGCUCAGCCGGCUGACGCUGUUCGCCAACGCGCUGCGGGAGCUGCCCUCCGGCCUCUUCGGGCCCAUGCCGCAGCUGCGCGAGCUCUGGCUCCAUGACAACCAGCUGCAGCACGUGCCCGACCGCGCCUUCGAGCCUCUGAGCCAGCUGCAAGUGCUCGUGCUCAGCCGCAACCGGCUGAGCUCCAUCGCGCCCGACGCCUUCCUCGGCCUGAGCGCCCUGCGCGAGCUGGCGCUGCACUCGAACGCGCUGCAGGGCCUGGACGGGCGCCUCUUCCGCGCCCUGGUCAACCUGCAGAACGUGUCCCUGCAGAACAACCGGCUGCGCGUCCUGCCGGGGGACCUCUUCGCCGGGGUCAACGGCCUCAGCACGCUGCAGCUGCAAAACAACCAGCUGGAGAGCCUGCCGGCCGGCAUCUUCGACCACCUGGGCAGGCUGUGCGACGUGCGGCUGCAGGACAACCCGUGGCGCUGCGACGCCGCCAUCGGGCCCCUGCGCGCCUGGCUCCUGGCCAACAGCGCCAGGCUGGGCGGCGCCGAGCUCCUGCCCGUGUGCUCCAGCCCCGCCCCGCUCCGCGGCCAGGCCAUCGUGGUGGUCAACAUCAACGUGCCGCCGGCAGCCGGCAGCCCUGCCUACCCCGACACCCCCGCGCAGUACCCCGACACGUCCCGCUACCCCGAUACCACGUCUGUGUCCUACACCACCGAGUACACCACCGAGUACACCACCGUGGAGGAGGACCUCCCUGAGCAGACCACCGUGGAGCAGGAGGACACGGCCCAGCGGGAUGUCUGGGGCAUGACCCGGGCCCAGAGCGGCCUGGCCAUCGCGGCCAUCGUCAUCGGCUCCGUGGCCUUGGCCUGCUCCCUGGCGGCCUGCAUCUGCUGCUGCUGCUGCAAAAAGCGGAGCCACGCGGUGCUGAUGCAGAUGAAGGGGCCCAACGAGUGCUGAGGGGGAGCGCUGGGGGGGACACCAGCCCUCUGGCUCCCUGCACCCCUUGGGCGCAGAUGCCCGCGGUUUCCAACUGGGCAACGGGGCUUUGGGGUCCCCGAGAAGGAGAUGGGCCUGUUUGUGUGUCCUUCCCCGGGGAAUGAGGCUUCACCCCUCCAGAUCCCCAAGAGAAAGCAAAUUAAGGGCUGGAAGCCCCCUCCCACCCCCCCCCUCCAACCUCUCCCGGCCUCCUGGAGGCUUGGCUUUCCUGACCCUCCCUUGGGACCCUCCCUGGCCCAGCAGAGGGCAGGGCAGCCCCAGCACCCUUUGGAAAGAUCUAGCCUUCUAGGGGGCUCCCCUCUGGUCCCCCUCCCAUUCCCAGCCCCAAGGGGCCCAUAUGCUUAGUGGUGGUGGCUUUCACUGUCCUCUCUAGCCUGACUCUGCUUCAUGCCUUCCUGAGUGGACCUAGGACAGGGUGGCCGGGGCUCUGCCCAGAGCGUAGAUUUUAGAUGUCGAGAGAGAUCAACCAAGGAGCUACUCAGGGCCAGACUCAGAGUUGGGGAUGCUGUAAAGACAAAAAUAAAAGCCUUUUAGCCCCUUCACAGGUCAGAUCAUCCGAAGUUAGCACCGACUUAGCAAGGAUAACUAGUUAAAAAGGGAUGCUGCUCCCUUGGGCUGUCUCGUACCCCCACCUCCCAGGACCGUGAACCCGGAGCCCUCCCAGACUGGGGCUGCUCGUCCUGACACAAAGUCCCAACUGGCCACACUUUCUGCUACUUCGUUUGCCUUGGUGGGGGAUACCUGUCGGCAGGCGGUAUUUGCUUCUUGGAGAAGUCCACGGUGGGGCCUCCGGCACCAUCCAGGCUGUCCACUGUUGUGUCCAUCAGAAGGAUGCUGGGAGGAAAGUUAAAAAGGCACCCACAGAGGGGACUGUCUGGACACAGAAAUAUCCUCCGAGGACCAAAUGGAACAUCAGCAGCCUGAAGAAACAAGGCUUAACAUCCCAGCCGGAGCUUCUGAAGACCAAACCAGCCACAGUGAGAAUCUUCAAAAGGCAAAUCACCACCUUUGGGUCCAAACCUGCAGUCAAGAACUUGGAAGCUUCUCAGAGGUCUUUCUUCAGCUCCAGGCUGGGGUGUGGGGGCACCGGGGGGGGGGUUGGGGUGCCAGGGGGUCUGAUUCCCCGGGGAGACACAAUGCAGUGAAAGGGAAAACCCAACCAACUUAAUGCUGGCUUUGCUGUCCGAGUACCCGGGUUUGACCCACCUCUGCUGCUCCUGGGCUCCCCAGGUCGUCUUAGGCAAGUUCCUUGCCCCAUCCGGGCCCCCGUCUGCUCUUCAGUGCAGUGGAGGGGGGCCAAAGCACCUGCCGGUCCUGCAUCCUAGGGCUCCGCUUUGCUGUGGAGAUGGGUAAGAAUGAGAAGCCACGGGAGCAUCGGCUCCUUUGGUGGACUUCCAUCUCCUUGCCCUCUUGGUCCUUUUAGAGAAGGGCGAGACCCAUCGAUGUGACUUCCAAUGGGGAAGGCAGCGCUGCGGAGAGCAGACUAGCUCAGCAGCCAGCUCAGGGGUGCCAAGCCUCCCCUUCCAUGCGUGCCAAGGCUGAACAUGGCCCCUCAUGGAGAAAGUGCCCGUACCAAGUCCAAUAUGGCAGCCGACCCAAAGAGCUCCGCUAUGGCUUCCCCUUUGAUCCCCUGGAAAGAGCUGGCCAGGCGAGCGGAGCUGGAUUGGCUCUUAGGGAUGACCGGGCUCCUUCCCACCCCCCGCAUUCUCUGGAAAGGAGGUCCCAGUAGCCCGCAGCCCGGAGAAACCUCACUGUCCAGAUGUCAAUCAGUGAAGUAAGCAAGUGAGAAGAAUAGGUUGGGUGCCUGCUAGCUCUCUACCAGGCACUGGCACUGGGCUAGGCACCGGGGACGCCAAGACCCCUGCCCUCAAGGAGCUUAAAUCCCAUCGGGGAGACAAGUGGGAAGGAGGGCUGCCUGCCUCUGGGACUUCCUGGGCCUGCCCUGGAUGGACUCCCUUCUUUCGUGGCUCAUGAUUCCCUCCCCCCCAGUCCCUCGCCUCCCCAAGCCUGCCCUUAGAACAACAUACUCUUCAGUCUGGGGAGGAAUUAGCCAUUUCCUCAGCCAACCUCGGGGCUCAGUAUCACAGCAUUGUUGCUCUGUGUGCUCCAGGCAUGGAGAAGGCCCUUGAGAGGCCACCUAAUCUAAAUGCCUCAUUUUACAUAUGGGGAAACUGAGGCCCAAGGCGAUGAAAUGACAGAGUAGCAAGUAGCAGAGUCAGGAUUUGAACUAGGACCUCUGACUCCAGUCAAUGAAUGAUCCAAUUUAGUGGCCCCAGACUGCAGCUCUGCCCCAAACAAAAAGAGCCAGGAAUGUGGGGGGCAACCGCCAUCCUGGUGGGAACAUCUUCUCCCUUUGGAGUGCCUGGAUCAGGGCCUGGGAGUGGACAACGACAAUUCUAGCUUCCUGAGAGCCCUUGGACAUUUGUUCAACCCAACUCUCCGAACCACCCUGGAAAGCAGGCGUGGUUCAAAGGACCUCCUGAACAGAUCAGGAAACGGAGGCCCCUCGGCCGGACGGGUGACAGGGGGCAGCGCAGGCCCGAGGGUGGGGAGGGACCCCGGGGAGCCAGCCCGCAGGUUUUCUCUGAAGUUGGAGAGAAGGCUUGGAGAAGGCUUCCCUUCAGUCCCGGGGGAGCACCUCCAGAGCAGGGGGAUCUGUCCACAGCCCCAGGGAUGGCCCUGUCGGGAAGGGGGAAGCUCCUGGCACUGAGCUCAGCUCCUGGGGUGAGGAAGGAAGAGGGGCAGGCCCUGGUGAGCUUCCCGCCCUGCUCCUGGCCAGGCUGCGUUCCCGUGAAACGCUGCCAUGAGGGCCUGCGAUGAAACCUCCCAGAGGCCGGCCUGGAACCAGCCCCGGCCCAGCAGUCUCUUCUGGGGCUCCAAGAGCUCUGGACAUGCAGGUGGCCCGGGGCCUCUCCUGAGCUUCCAGGGCUCCGGGGGGUCAACAGCAAAGGCGGGGAAGAAGGACCUUCGGCUGGCCCUUCCCUGGGAAUCCAGCGGCUCGGCUCUGAAGGCACUGGCGGGCGCUGCCCUCUCUGCCACUCGUCAGAAUGACCAGACUCUCCGACUACCUCUCCCUCAGCUUGCUGUCCUUGUAAUCGUGGCCCCAAGGGCUCCUGAGGGCAGGGGGGCCCCUGGGGUCCGGCUGGCGUGUCGGGACAUAAUAAAGGCUCUACUUGGAA